AUGCCCGUCUUUGACGUCCUCGUCACCGGCUCGUCCGGCCACCUCGGCACGGCCCUGAUGCUCAAGCUCCCGUCGCUCGGCUUCAAUCCCGUGGGGCUCGACAUCCUCGCUUCCCCCACCACGAAGUACGUCGGCUCGAUUGCCGACCGGGCCGUCGUCUCGCGCAUCUGGCGGGAAAACCCCCUCCUCCGGCACGUCCUCCACGCGGCCGCCUUGCACAAGCCCCACGUGGGCAGCCACACCAUGGAGCAGUUUGUCGAGACCAACAUCACCGGCACCCUCGUCCAGCUCGAGGAAGCCGCCCGGUCGGGCCGCCCCGUCGAGAGCUUCAUCUUCUUCAGCACCACCAGCGCGUACGGGCUGGCCCUCAGCCCCCCGCCAGGCCGCCCCGCCGCCUGGAUCGACGAGGCGGUCGUCCCCGCGCCCAAGAACAUCUACGGCGUGACCAAGGUCGCCGCCGAGGACGUGUGCGCCCUCGUGCACCGCCAGACCGACAUGCCGGUGCUGGUCCUCCGCACCAGCCGCUUCUUCCCGGAGGACGACGACGACCCGGCCCGCCGCGGCGCCAUGAGCGACGACAACCUGAAGCUGCUCGAGCUGGCCUACCGCCGGUGCGACGUCGCCGACGUCGUGUCCGCCGCCGUCUGCGCCAUGGCGCGGGCGAGGCGCGUCCGCUGGGCCAAGUACGUCGUCAGCGCUCCGCCUCCCUUCCCCAACGACCCGGACACGCUCGCCGCGCUGGAGCGCAACCCGGAGGAGGUGCUGUCGAGAGCCGUCCCGGCCGUCGGGGACGUUUUCCGCCGCAACGGGUGGAAGCACCUCGGCAGGAUCGACCGCGUCUACGAUCCGAGCAAGGCCAUGCGCGAGCUGGACUGGCAGCCCGAGUACACGUUCCAGGAAGCGCUGGCGAGGGCGGGUCGAGGGGAGGAUUGGAGGAGCGGCCUGGCAGCCGAGGUUGGCAGGAAGGGCUACCAUGGUGUCAGCACAGGCGUUUACACCAGGCGAUGA